AUGUUGGCCCCUGAAGGAAACCGAUGGAGUUUCCUAGCACUUUUUGGAGCCGUAGCUUCGCUGACAAACUUUCUUGUAAGUUUAACGAAAGUAAUAUUUAACAUCCUUAUCAGAAAUUUAAGUAUUAUAUACAGACAAAAACAUGAAUAACAUCUGUGAUCGAUAUAAUCUUUGAACCUUUAAUUACUUUACAGGAAGGCUAUUCAAGUUCAUCACCCAACACUGCCGGUAACAGCUUUCAAUUGUUUAUCAACCAGUCGUAUAUCAAGAGAGGAGAGCCUCAGGGACUAUCAGAAUGGGAGUUUACUUGGUUUUGGUCAUUGUUUCUGAAUAUAUGGUUCGUCGGAUACAUAAUGGGAACGUUCAUGACACCGUUCUUUGCUGACACUUUUGGUCGCAAAAGUAAGUUUUUUGGAAUUUAAAAAGACUGUAUGUCUAUAUUAAGUUUUAUCGAUAUCAGUACAAUUGGUCAAUACAACAAAAAGCCAAAAAAAACUAAAAUUUUAAACUUUUGUUUCCAGAAACCCUACUAGUAGCAAAUAUCGUAUCUUUCUCGUCAACCAUAAUAUCCACAACGUCUAUUGUCACUCAAUUCCCUGAACUUUUGUUUGGUGGCAGAAUCAUAGCGGCUGCGGCUUCUGGAGUUUCGUUUGGAGCUCUGAUUCUGUUUCUACAAGAAACUACACCAACAAACCUUCGAGGCAUGGCCAGUUUCCUCAGUGAAACCUCGUAUCUUGCCAUGAAUGUGGUGGGAAUGGGCAUGGGAAUGGACUUUGUACUUGGAAAGCAAUUAGUCUACCUGGUCGGUAAGUGUUCGGACCGUGGGAACAUGUUUACAUUAAUUUUAUUUUCUUACCUAUAAUUUAUAAAAUAAGCAGGAGGAUAGAUCUGACAGAAUAUGACACAAAAUAAAAAUAUUCCGUGCAACAACAGUAGCUAGGAACAUUUAAAACAACCAUCAUAUAAGUUAAUAUUAAGCUUGUUAAUCAUUAAAAAUGUCAGGAUUUGGUAUCAUUCCCGGAAUCCUCGGUAUUUUGAUUAUGCUGCCACUAAAGGAAACACCAAAAUACUUACUCAUCCACCUAAAAGACAAAGAAGCAGCGAUAAAAGCUCUAAAAUAUUAUCACGGAAAGUACAGUAACCAUGACCUCCUACUAGCCGAGAUGAUGAAGGAAAGCAGUAAAGGUGCUGUAGAUAUGACCUUAACCGAAGCUGUGGUCGAAGUAUUCAAACAACCGGCUCUUCGAAAAGCGGCGGCUGUGGGCAUCGUAGCCUUACAGUUAUGUGUUGGUAUCUGGCCGAUAGAUUAUAUAUCCACAGAUCUACUAGAAGCCCAUUUCAGUAACUCUACAGCUCAAAUGACAUCUUUCGUUUUUAUUUGUGCCAAUUUCAUAGCUAGUCUGGUCGGAAUGUGCUUUAUCGAAAAGUUUGGUAGAAGACCAUUGUUACUAUGGUGUGGUGUGGCUAACACGUUAUGUUUGGUCGGCUACGUUGUGUUUGACAGACUGGCGUUUUACAUCGACCCUAAGUAUAGUUAUGGAUGUGUUGGUGCCCUGAUUGCGUACGGGAUCACAUAUGGGUAAGUUAAUGAACUAAAAUAGCCUACAUAGGAUCAUAUUGCCUGUGGCACUAAAAUCACCGUUAUUUCAAAAUCUUUUUUCCAACUUCAAAACAACAAAAUGUAAAACCAUCUAAUUAUAGAGCUGCCCUUGGUCCAAUCGCCUUCUUCAUAACUGGAGAACUAGUACCUCAACAAUUCCGAUCUCUAGUCCAGUCCCUCGUGUUCGCUGUAAACACAACCACCAACUUUGUCUUCUCCUUCGUGACCCUCCCCAUGUAUAGAUGGAUCGACGUGUGGUCGUUUAUCCCCUUAUUCAUCAUCCCAUCCACCUUUUCCUUGAUCUACUUGUACUUCAAAAUGCCAGAAACUAGAGGGCGAGAGAUUCACGAGAUUGUCAAGAGUCUUGGUGCUAAGAAACCAAAACUUUCAGCACGUCCACGUACUCAGACGAUCUGCUCGACCAAAACCUUGACUAUAUCAGACUUGUCCAACAUGGAAUCAAACAAGAAUUCAGACUUUUCGCUUCAAUUAAAUGACGUUCAUGAAGAUGCCCAUCAUCCAGAAGACAUCCACAAGUCGCUACCACACCCAAGAGCUAGUAUUGGAUCGGCUUCUGGCAGAAAGUUUACUGGAGACAUGAGAUUAGUAGCUAUCUUGGACGAUCUAGAGAGCGAGAGUAGUAAUUCUGAAAAAGACAAAGAAGAAGUCUAG